AUGCACAACUCCGCAUGCGCUGUCCCCUGGCCCGCGAUCAAAUCCGUCAACUACAAAAUGUGUCUCCACAGGCGGCCAAAAAACCCAGGACGACCUUCGCUCUCCCCGCCAUCACUUCCUUGCCGCGCCCCCAACUCUGCAGCCAUGUCGAAGGGCCGGGAGCUCAAUGGCCACCUAGAGCACAACUCGGAGCAGCUGGCCGACUUCCUAGCCUCUAAGGAGCGCCUCACCGAGCGCAUUACGGGCGCUCGCGCUGACAUUCAUACGCUGCGUUCGCACGUCGCUGUUUCGCGGAAGGAAUUUGACUCCCAACUCGAGCAUUUGCGCAAGCAGGUCACCCCCUUGCUCCCAGCGGAGCAAGCUGUGUCGAAAGCGCCACACGCACCGCCGUCAACGCCAGCUGGCUGAACGGCAAGGGUGACGUGCAUGUACUUGUAAGUUUGAGGGCGUGGAGAUGCAAAGGAAUUGCUUUUGCGUGUCAAUUGAAGGCAAGCUGCUGUAUUGUGUUGUAACGAUACCGUUGUAUGCAUAUUGUUUGGAGUUGGGUUCAGGCCAUCUCGGCCGCCGCCGAUUCAUGGGUGGCCCUGUGUUUCUUUAUAGUUUACUAGUCGAUAAUACAAUACGUCUUACUUGUACA